AUCACAUCACUGACUCUCCACAGCCCCAACUUAGCAGAUUUAGAACAAGAUAUAUAACAAUGCUCUCGUCAACCCCAUUCAGAACUCUAAUUUCCCCAAUAUUUCUAUUCCCAAGCUGAACAAGUUUUACCCCAUACAAAGACAAUCAAUCAGUCUUACCCCAUGGAUACAUCCACCACCCCGUCCGCACCGCAGCGCCCGCACUUCAAGCGGCCUGUUUACAUUCCCCCGGUCAAGGGAAAUAUUGGUAAAUGGUACCUCCCAGCCAUGGGAAUGAUAGCCCUCGGCUUCGGCGUCUACAAUUACUACAACGCUCCCGCCCCCGCAUACGACCCCGAGGAAGCAGAGCGCCUCCACCGAAACAAGGCCUUGAUGGACGCAUACGGAGACAAAGAGACCUUACAAGACAUCGAGCGCGCGUUCGCCCUCUACGAGAUCCAGUAGUCGCUGGCUUCUCAAUGAAUGAUCAUGAUCUCGGACUGGUUCUGAUAGGAUAGGAUCCUGCAUUUGUGGAGUUUGGGUGCUUUGAUGGUAGCGAGUGGUUACU